AGCAAAACAUUGUAUUUAGUGUGACGUUUACAAAUUCCUCUCGGUGUGUCGUAAAUUUGCGAAAAUUCGCCACGCAGCAUGGGAGAUGCGCCGGCUACAGAUAUGGAAUCUAAUAUACAUAGUCCCGAGAGCGAUGCCCCUUCUGAAUUGGACCGGCAGCCUUUUGGGGGGCUGGAAUUCCAGGUUUCUGAGGUAGUUGGAAGGCUAGAAGCCGGGGUUAAUGCCCAAGAUGGUGAAGAAGAGGAAAAAAAACCGGAAACCAGAAAAAUAAGUACUGGUUUUUUCGAACCAGAAGAAAUGGCUAUGGAUGAGAUUCUAAAAGUUUUAGAAGAUCUUGUUUUGAAAACUGAUCCUAGUUGUGAGAGUAUGGAGCCCCCAUUAUUACCGACCGAUGCUGUGACGCGGGCAGCGAUCUUGUCUCAUAGCAUAUCUGCUUUAUUUGCACGAUUAGAAAGAAGUCAUGCAGCUAGACUUGGCGCUCAUAUAGCAAGCGAGACUACGCGCUGGAUGUCUCAUAUGUUCAGAUUAACAGAUUACAAUGCAUAUUAUCACCAAGAACAGAUGGAGGGACUCGUGCGUGUUACCAGGAUGCUUUUACAUCACAGAUACCCUCGAUAUCUCGAAGACGGAGCAUUGGCGUUCGCAAGCCGUCUCCCUUCUAUAUACAGCUGCGUGGCGAGUCCUCUGGGCGUUGUGCAACAUCUCUGCAGGCAGCUUGGUCUGCCGCUCGCCUGCGUGAGACCUGUUCCCGUUUGUGCUAAUGUGGCUAGAUAUAAGGCCACGAAUCCCGAGGCCCUGGUUUCAAAACCCAUGUCGGGCCGAUUAAACGUUAUUGAGUUUUUUUGA